ACUGACUUGACUCUUGCGAGCGCAGCGAAGAAGAGAUGGGAAAUUCGAAAUCGAAGAUGAAGCGUGCGGGGAAAACGGGCAGGAAGAGUGGGAACAGUGCUCGGUUCGAAGGCAAAUUAUCCGAUCAGAUCGAGGAAUUCGCGAAUGAUCCGCAAUUAACCGUGUUGAAGCAAACUAUCAGAAGGAAUCCAGAGUUGUUCAUACUGAACAAUCUCAUGAUGUGCGUUCAAUUCUUCGGGAAUUACGAAGAGGAAAUCAAGCAUCUGAAGAGGACGCUCCUCGAGGAGUCCUCCCUCGAGAAGAAAAUGAACCAGCAAUUGCCCCCGCAGAAACGGGUCCUGAUUCCGGACAUUCUUCAGGAGCACAUCGCCCGCCACAUCGGCUUCAUCUCGAGACGGCAAAAUUUUCGUCCGACGAUCGAACCCCUUCAACCUGUCCGCAUAUACAUGAUCCACGACAACGUCGACAUCACGGAGAAGAAUUACUCGUCGCAGCAUUACAGCAACGUGAACGAUUCCAUCAUGUACAACAUACUGUUGAAACCCACGAAACACGAAGGUUACGUGCAGCUUCAAGUAUUGGACGAUUUCUUCCUGAAAAGGAAAACGACCAAGGAGGACGACAGUAUGGAUCUGUCGUCCAUACUCGAGGACGACGACGAGUCGUACAGCGAUGGCAGUAUUUACGGGCCGAAGCCAAGCUCGAAUAUAUCCGUGAAUUCGGCGAUCGCGUACAAAUCCAAGCAGGAGGUGUUGAGAAGCAGGCUCAAGCACGCGAGAUCGAUGCCCAACUUGAUCGAGGACUUGUCCCGCCCCGGCAAUUACGACAACGGUGGAUCCGAGGAGCGAAGGACUCGGUCGAAGGAGAGAGGAGGAGGGGAGCGAGAGAAUCGAGGGUGGCAGAAGGAGGCGCAACAGUCCAAGUUCGAAGGUACGUUGGGGAACCAGGAUCACCCGAGCAGCAACAGUUCCGGCUACCGUUCCGACAAUUACGCGACGUACAACGAGAGCCACAGCUCUCGAGUGUCCCAAGCCUCGUCCACCUUCGACGAGAUGGACGAGUCUUGGAUAACGAAGGGGGAAUUUCCCAAGCGUUGCUUCAAAAAGGUCACGUACACGAGCGAGGGGAAGAUCUACAACCCGGCCGAGGAGAAGAUGCAGCUGUUGAACAGCAAGCAGCGAAGGAUCAGGUUGGCCCUGAACCGUCACAACUACGACCUGUACUACGUGAGCAGCACCGAGUUCAUGAAACACUUCAUCAAAUUGUUCGUCUACCGGUACGGGGACUCGUUGUACUUCGACCGGGAGACGGUGGAGGACGUGAAACGGGAGGGAUGCGUGCUCUACUGUGACAAAAUCAUGAUAUCGGACGCGUUCAAGGACAGCCAGAUAGAACAGUACGAGAUAAUACCCGCAAUCUGGCUCGAGUGGCCGAUCUGCGCCAAGGAGUGGUUGAACAGGUCCAGGGACGGCUGGCCCAGGGACAACGACAUCGACAAGGUGAAAGAUUUCGGGUGUUACGUCGUGCCGGAAGGCUACGUGGCGAAAAGUGGAAACGGCAAUCUCAUCGAGGAUCUCGAAUGGCAGCUCACGUUCCCGACCGCCGAAAGGUAUCUCGAGACAUGCAUGACCCAGGCCCAGGUGCAGGUGUAUCUGAUCGCUUUAAUGCUGCACAAGACGUUCAUGAGGCCGGUAUUCGACACCAUGUUCGGGAUGACGACGGCUCAUAUAAGGCACAAGUUGUUCUGGAUGAUCGAGGAGAACGACAAGCCGUCGAAAUGGCCCGACUACGGGACGGGGGGGUGUUUGUUGAAGCUGCUCAACUCGUUGUAUUACAACAUCAGCCAGAACGAGCCCGUGUUGAACGAUUACUUCAUCAAGGGUAGGAAUCUCUUUCGGCGGAUACCCUGCGAACACCUUCUCCACACGCAGAAGCAGCUGAAGCGGAUCACCGAGAACCCGAUCAUGUACGUUUUUCACGCGAUGGAGAACAUCCAGUACAGGAAUAAUUUUUUCCCGAGAUUGGAUUUCGAGAUGUUGCUGAGAAUAUUGACGGGCGAAACGUUGAUCCUCGUCAAUCCGACGUUGAACCGAUACAUCGGGAAUCAACCGCAGCAAAAGAACGUGGUCGUUCAGGAGGACAAGUACGACGAGAGAGGAUUUUGGGACACGGUGAAGGAGCAACGGGCCAAGCCAAAUCCCGUCCAAUCCAUCACCAAUAAAACGUUGAUCAACACGCGCAAAGCUACGGAUUCUAUCAUCGAAAUCUCGACUCGAUGCGGUGAGUUGGAAGGUCCAAGGCUAUGUAUACUUUUGAAAUUCUUCAUAGAGCAUUUCAUAGAAAUUGCUAAGUGUUGUAAUCAAUACAAAGCGUAUCGACAGAAAACUACGUAUCUCAAUCAAGCCGAUAGAUUGUCCAUUCUCCUUUUCGAGGAUGAGAAUUACAGGAACGAUGCUAAAAGUUAUCGUGAGAAAAUAAAAAGUCUCAGGACGGCGAGCUCAAAACCGCAAAACGAUCCGUCAAGUAAUCCGUCGAAUAUUUCCCUAAAAAAUUCGGAGAAGGCCAUAUACGUUGAAUCGUUGAACGAUCGCUUUACAUCGAAACAAACUGUUCAUUCAACGGAAACGAAACAAAAAUUGUCAGAGAAGCGAUCUGAUGAAGAGAAUAAUCGUAUUGUUAUAAAAGCAAUUGUUCAUGAGAGACAAUACGAAGAGCCGGAUAGUUUGAACUUGAAAAGUGGGAGUAAAAGCGUAACGAUUAGUCAAAACGAGAAUCAAAUUUUAAAAUCGAAAGAAAAUAAGCCUCAAUCGCUGCCAUUUUUAACUUCUAUCAAAUUAAAAGAAUCUACGAAUAUUUAAAAGUGCGCGCGACAA